AUAACUGAGCAGUCUUUUUGUGUAUUCCAUGUGUGUUUCGCCUUGUUUUGCUGCAACGAUGUUUUCUGUGAAAACACUGGUUUUAUUUGUUGCAUUUGUCAUUAAGUGCUGUACAAACGGACAGACUGAGUCUCCGACAUGCUACAACAAGUUUGAAUACGAGUACCAUGUUCUUGAGAAGCUUCUUACAUUGGAACAAGGCGAGCUUGAUCUUUCCAAAGUUAUCAAAGUCUUCGCUGCAAAGUUCGAAGAACAAAACCGAAUAAUUGACGCUUUGAACGCUUCUAUCCAUGAGCGUCUAUCCGACGGAUCCACGUAUAUAAGAUGGGGAAGAUCAGCCUGUCCUGCCGAUACAGGAGCUGAACUGAUCUACGAAGGCUACGCCGCCGGUGGCCAUUACUCGCACCCGGGAGCUGGGACAAAUAACCUUUGUUUGCCGAGAGACCCACAGUGGGGUCAGGAUGCGACAACUGGAUCACGAAACCUGAUAUACGGCACUGAAUAUGAGACACCAGGAACGUUCAUGAGCGCAGUUCAUAACCAUGAUGUCCCUUGUGCAGUUUGCAGGACGCCGGCUUCGAACGUCUUGAUGAUUCCAGCAAAACUCGAGUGUCACGAUGGCUGGAAAAAAGAGUACAACGGGUAUCUUAUGUCCGGCUAUUACAACUAUGCUGCUGCAAAAGAGUAUGCAUGCGUGGACAGUGAACCUGAGGCUUUAGACGCAGGCCAUGAGAACAAGAAUGGUGCCAUGUUUUAUCUGGUUGAAUCGGUCUGCGGGGCGUUGGAAUGUCCGCCUUAUACAAAUGGAAAGGAGCUAACAUGUGUUGUGUGCACUUAUGGCUCUUAAAAUACGAUUUGAACUGUUUAUCCCCCUUGACAUAACAUAUAAUUUAUGUAUUUUCAUAUUCAAUUUAAA